CGACCAAGUUAAAAAGAAAGAAAACCACCGACCGGCACAUCCCGUGCUACCGGUUGGUGUGCACACUGCCCGUGCCAGCAACACAUUCCAUGAACAUGUGCUGAGGUCAUGGACAGCCUGCAACUGCACUCUAAAACAAAUCAAAUCUACUUUUCCGGUGUGUGUCCUUUCCUAAAUCGCUACACCAUUUUUUUGCGUUUUCAUCCGCAAAUGCACCGUUCUCAGCUCUAAAAAUACAUUUCUAUGUUUUGGUGCACCUAUCAAAUCUAAUUUUGUCCUAAACAGGCAAAAAUCUUGCUAAGCGCAUUUUCCAUUCUUUUCAACGCCUGCCUUGCCAUCCCCACGGCCUACGAUCCCAUGCAUUUAUUUCCGCGUAAUGGCAGGUGCUCCGUGUGCGUGCCAAGUGAUGAUCUGCCACAAUCUAACAGGUCAUCACCGGUCAACCUCUCAAAACUUGGUUGACACCUUCCGUUUUUCAUCCGUGCCGUGUGCGGUCCCCAUGCUGCUGUUCUUCCAAGCGCUGCUUGCACUCCCCGCCAAGAAGCACACAGGCCCGCCGAGCAACCGAAUGCUCAGCAACUACAAGAGCAUGCUUUUGGUUGUUGAGCAGAGAGAAAAGUUAAAACAAAUCGAUAGGAUAAACAGCGGGCCUGCCGAGCACAGGCGAACCGGUUAUUACAGAAUGGCAAUGAGCAGGAACGAAUUCAUAGACCUAAUUAUCCGAUGGAUGGUCCUGGGCGUAAGCGGAUGUAUCGUCUUGGUCGUGCUUAAGAUAUUGCUAUACGUGCUGUUCGGUGGUUAAAGCCGUGUUAUUCUUUCUCGUUUUUAGCUCGUGUUACCGGAACAGGUAAUCAAUUUAUUUAUCAGUGCUAUUUCUACGAGGUGCACACCGCUCACGUGCUAAAUAAAUGAUUUGCAUUGC